AUUCCGGAAGUCGUUUUGACUCAUUUCAAGUGAAGAAAAACCGCUUUAAAUAACUGGGUAUAUCUAGGUUGUCGCACAGGGAGCACACAGGGUGAGCACAUCACCUUCGCCAGUAAUGAAACAAAAACAGUUAGAGAGUUAUCUCCAACAGGUGGACGGCUUUGAGGAGCCGAAACUCCGUCUUGAGCAAUAUCCAACCAGUCCUCAUAUUGCUGCAUGCAUGCUUUAUACAAUCCAGAACACGUUUGAUGACAUUAAGGGUAAACUAGUGGCAGAUCUGGGAUGUGGCUGUGGAGUCCUCAGCAUCGGGGCUGCGAUGCUUGAUGCAGGUUUGUGCAUCGGCUUCGACAUUGACGACGACGCACUGGAUAUAUUCAGAAGAAAUGCUGAGGAAUUUGACAUUUCUAACGUGGAUCUGGUCCAGUGUGACCUGUGUUCUCUGGAUGCAGAGGCUUACGUCAAAAAGUUUGACACUGUAAUAAUGAAUCCACCAUUUGGAACAAAACACAACCAAGGCAUGGACAUGAAGUUCUUAUGGGCUGCUUUAUCAAUGGCAAAGACAGCAGUGUAUUCACUCCAUAAAACAUCAACACGAGAGCACAUACAAAAGAAGGCUAAUGACUGGGGAGUGAAGAUGGAAGUAAUAGCAGAACUAAGAUAUGACUUGCCAGCAGUCUUACAAGUUCCACAAAAAGAAAUCGGUUGACAUCCAGGUGGACUUCCUACGAUUCUCAAAAGCCUGAAGCUUUCACUGGAAUGGAUUUAAGUUGCCUCUGCAUUCUCACCGUUUAUAAUAAAUGUUUUCACAAAAAAAAAAAUCCCAUCCUUGUGCAAUGUCGUGACUAA